AAGGCUAUUUAGAAGAGAAGCAUUGCACACUCUGCACCAAUUCGCUCUCUUUCUCUCUUAAUUCAGAUUCAGUUACGGUUGCUAACAACCGAAACGGUUAUGGCGGCCACUUCUGAAUCUUCCACCAGCAACGACGCUUCUCUUCCGGUUGUUGAUCUCCGUCUUGUUUCUCAACCCGAACUAUUCACUCUCUCUUUUUCGCACGAUACCGGUCGUAACCGUCGCAUCGACGACGAUGCCGUUAUCCCUAGAAUUGACCGUUCAGUUUUCAAUGAGUCCGCCGGUAGCCGUAAACAGACGUUUUCUCGUCUCAAUUUUCGUAACAACAACAACCCGAACUCUUCCGUUCCCGUUCCUGUUCCCGUUGCUCCCGCUGUUCCCGCUCCUGAAUCUUCGUCUUCGCACAUUGCCGUUGACGAAGAGAAUUCUCAAAUAAUCGAUCUUCUUCAACGGCUUUUCGGCGUUGAAGCUCUUCGCGGCGCCAAUGAUGACCGUUUGGUUCCGUUUCAGGGUGAAUUCAAACAACCUGCUAUUGAAUUUACGCCUCAAGGUAUUCAGAGCGUUGUAAUUGGCGGUGUGGAUGGUAGUCAGAGGAAGCGGAAGCGCGGACGGCCACGCAGGGACGAGAGUCCGGUAACGGAUAUGCAGGUAAAGGAGACGAGUUUAGUUGUUGUCGGCGAGGGUGAUAUGGAGAUGGUGGAAGCGGUUAAUGAGCAGAAGGUUGAAGCGGUUAACAAGAAGAAAGGUUUUGUUCUGGAAGAUGUUGGGGAUCCGUUUGUGGAGCAGUUGAUAGCGAGGACACAAGGGAUGAAUACGGAAGCGCAAUUGUCAGAGUUUUUGGAGGGUUUGAAUGGUGUUUGGGCGAGUGAUAGGAAGAAGCGAAGGAUUGUUGAUGCUAAUAUUAUCUGUGAUUUGCUGCCAACUGGGUGGAAGCUUAUUCUUAUUCUGCAGAGGAGAGGGGCUCGUGCUUCGGUGGUUUGUCGCCGUUACGUAAGCCCUGAUGGACGCCAGUUUGAGUCAUACAAGGAGGUUUCUUCAUACUUGGAUGGUAGUCAGCCGUUCAAUAAUAUCAAUAUGUCAUCUGAAAAUCAGAAUGUUGGUCACGUUCCUACUGGUGGCAUUAAGAUUGAUGACAAUGCAAGUUCUCUUCAUGAGAAGCAGGCCACCAUAUCAUCAUCCUUUGGAGCCGGAAAGCUAAAUACUUCUGAUGGGUAUUUAAAUGGUGACCGGGCUAUAGAUUUUGAAUUAGGUGAUACUACUAGUGGAUCCUUUGGAGUCUCUGACCAUCCAGCUGACGAUAAGCUACCACUGAAGGCUGAUAAGAAUGAUGCGAAUUCAGAUCAGGGAUGUUCCCUUUCAGAGGACAGAGUUUAUAAUCAGAGUGCUGGUCACUUCCCUACAGGUGGCAUGAAGAUUGAUGGCAAUGCAAGUUCUCAUAAGAAGAAGCAGGUCACCAUGUCAUCAUCAAUUCGAACUGAAAAGCUGAACAGUUCUCACCGGAGACCGGAUCGGAAAUUGGUUCUUGGUCUUAAAGCUAUUGAUGUUGCAUGCAAUCCAUAUCCUUUGGAUUUCACAGCUCCUAUCUCCAAUAGUAGCUGCAGUAUUAAUCGUUUUUCUGAUGAAAGAAAUGAUGUGAGACGCAUAAAAGGCGGAGUUAGUAUUUUUGAUGGUCAGGAUAAAAUUACUGGAUGCUAUGAAACUGUUCCCUAUGAAAGUGAGCCAGUACAUGUUGGUGGUAAUGGGCUUGGGUUUUCCACCACAUUAGUAGAAAAACACAUUCAGAAAAUAGGUUCUGAAAAUAGUAUGCUGGUUCCAAAUUCUGAAGGGAAAAAUGACGGAAAGCUAGUUGAGGAUGUCAGUCAACAAAUUAUUUCUAGUAGAUAUCUGUCAGAAAUUAAAGACAUUUCUACUAAUGGUGAACUUCAGUUUGGUUCUGAAGGCUCUCUUGUCCCAUCCCAGAAUGAACUUGAUCACACAUCUAUGGACAAUGUGAACACGGCACAAACUUCUGUGCUGAAGGACUCUGCUGAGGGAAAUUUUUUCUAUAAUGAUAUGCCUACCUCAUCCAUUGAUGAGAGAACAUGGGAUCCCAAUGGAUACAUUAAUGAUAUUUCUUUUAGUGCUUGGCCGCAAGAUGCAUCUGAGUCUGGUGGAGUUGAUUUUACACCCAAUCUUUAUGUAGCUGACAAUGUUGGUCAUAAUCAUGUUCCUCCAAUGGAUGAAGUUGUGAGUUUACAGAAAAGUUCUAUAAAUGACCAAAUUUUCACAAUGGAAAAUCUGUUGCACGAAAGUUCUGAAAGUAACUUAUUUACUGUAACCGGGAAUCAGCACCCUUCUGCUUUUCAUGAUAAUAUGAAUAACAACUCAGAUGGAACCUUUGGUGCACUCAAACAUGCUGAUGAUGGUUGCAUGAAGCCUCAGUCAGGAAUUGUUUCUUGCAGCGAUGUUGUUGCAAUAGAUCAAUAUGCAUCUCCAAGAGCCAUGCAGGGAAGACCGCAAUCCGUUUCUGAUGAAAGUAUGUUAAACCAAUUUGACAAGCAAAAUGAUGAUGGUGUUAAUAUAGGAAAUAAAUCUUGCUUAUCAGAAAUGGCGAAGUGUGAAGUUGAAAUGUUCCAAACCGACUCGAUGGGUAUGCCUAAAUUUCGGUAACAGCCAGAUAGAUUCAGAUGUGGUGAUAGAUGCAGUGCAUGCAACAAUUUUUCAAAAUAAAUCAUGUAUGGUAGUUCGCAGAGUCUGCUUGUAUAUUAUCAAAUAUCCUGUUCAGGAUGAUAGGCUAGAAAAGACAUACUUGAAGGCAACAUUAUUUUGUUGAUUAAUUCAGCUGAUCGUGCUGGUGGCUUCUCAAUUCCAGAGGUUACUGUGCAGGUUCUGGUGUGACGUAUCUCCCGUUUCUUGCCAGAGCUCAGACAGCUUUUUUACGUUACAAGUAAAAGUUUUCCUUUAGGUCCAUUUUAGUUUAGAACAUUCUUUUUCCUUCUCUGGUAUACAUACAUUGAAUUUUUGGUUUUUUUUUUUUUGGAAGCACAAUUGGAUUUUUGGUUGAUCCUUCAAAUGAAGAAGGAACUAUUUUUUCCCCCCAAAUUUCAAAAUUGAAAGUCAUCCCAGUUGUUGAUUUUCUUCUUUGAUGUGAAUCUGCCUGUUUGCACAAGGUUCUGUCUAAUGUUUAAUGCCCGGUUUACUUUUUCAUCCUCGCAUGAAUUAUCUCCGCUAUUAUUACACUACAAAGUCCAUGGUCAAUAAUACAUGCGUUUUAUUUUAAAA